AUGAUGAAUAAAUACUUAAUCGUAUGCUUCAAGCUAUUUGAUAUGACUUGAUUUUUUUUUGCUCAUACUUUUGAUCACUUGAUCAUGUUGUCAUGAAGCUCGAAUAAGAAGCAUCGAUGAAGAUACAUUCAAUUGGAAAUAAUGCUGAUACAUAAGAUAAUCGAAAUCACUACGACCAUAUACAUAAUCGAACGAUUUUUCAUGUCAUUUAGUUGACAAUAUCAUAAUGUUUCAAUCGAGUUUCAAACGAAUUCUAACCAAGUCAAUUCGUCGAUUUCAUCAACAAACAGAAAAUAUUGUCGAUGAUUUGGUCGCAAAUCGUACACCAAGUAUAACUUGGAAUUCUGACAUUUUACAUGGAUUGACACCAGAACAAAUGGAAUUUCGUCAAAUGGUUCGUGAUUUCGCUCAAAAAGAAUUGCCCGAAGAACUUGUGAAAAAGAUUGAUCGCGAUGGUAGCUAUAAUGAUUUUCGUGAAUUCUGGAAAAAAUUAGGAUCAAUGGGGUUGCUUGGCAUUACAGCUCCAGUGGAAUAUGGUGGUUUAGGCUUAGAUUAUUUCAAUCAUGUGUUAUCUAUGGAAGAAUUGAGUAGAUGUGCUGGUGGAUUGGCUCUUUCUUAUGGUGCACAUUCAAAUCUUUGUAUCAAUCAAAUAUCUUUACAUGGCAAUGAUGAACAGAAAGCUCGAUUUUUACCCCAUUUAAUCGAUGGAUCAUUCGUUGGAUCAUUGGCAAUGUCUGAAACGACCAGCGGUUCAGAUGUAACAUCAAUGCGAACUACAGCAAAAAAACCUAAAAAAGAUUCGGAUUAUUAUGUCUUGAAUGGUCAUAAAUUCUGGAUCACCAAUGGACCAGAGGCAGAUGUUGUAUUUGUUUAUGCCAAAACAAGUGAAAAAGGUAUCACAUCAUUUUUGGUCGAAAAAGGAAUGGAAGGAUUCUCUGUUGGACAAGUUAUUGAUAAACUUGGAAUGAAAGGUUCACCAACCAGCGAAUUAUUGUUCGAUAAUGUGAAAAUUCCAGAAAAAAAUAUCGUUGGCAAAAUAGAUGGUGGUGUCUAUAUUCUAAUGUCUGGAUUAGAUAGUGAACGAUUAGUACUAUCUGGUGGUCCUUUAGGUUUAAUGCAAGCUGCUUGUGAAUUAGCAUUCUCUUAUGUUCACGAACGGAAACAAUUCGCAAAACCAAUUGGAUCAUUUCAAAUUGUUCAAGGAAAGAUAGCUGAUAUGUAUUCCAAAUUAUCAAUGUGUCGUGCAUAUCUUUAUAAUGUUUCACGUGCAUUAGAUCAAUAUAAAAAAAAUCAACGUAAACAAAAUCCCAAUAAUAAACGUCCUGGUCCUAGUCCUUAUACUAAAGAUUGUGCAGCUGUUAUUUUGACACUUGCUGAAGCUUCAACUAAAAUUGCAUUGGAUACAAUUCAAUUGCUUGGUGGCAAUGGUUAUACUAAUGAUUAUCCGGCUGGCCGAAUAUUACGUGAUGCAAAAUUGUAUGAAAUUGGUGCUGGAACAAGCGAAAUACGAAGAUGGCUAAUUGGAAGAGAGUUAAACAAAGAAUAUUUAAAUAAAUAAUGAAUCAAAACUAAGCCAAAUCUUUUUUGAAACUUGGAUUUAUUAAAACAAAAUUUUUAUUUAA